GUACUAAGCACUUGGGAAGUACAACCUCUCUCGCCCAUCAUGACCAGCCGACAGCAGAGCGUGCGCUCGGCCAGCCGGGGCUUCAGCUGCGGGUCAGCCGCGGUGGCCUGCGGCCGGCGGUCUGGCUUCAGCGCCGCCUCGGCCGGGGGCCGGGGCUCAGGGGCCAGGGCUUUUGGCAGCCGGAGCCUCUUCAACCUUGGUGGGAAUAAGAGCAUCUCCAUCAGCGUGGCCGGGGCCCGGCAGAAUGCUGGCUACUUCGGGGCCGGGGGCUUCGGGGCCGGGGGCUUCGGCAGUGGCAGUGGCGGCUUCGGGUUCGGAGGCUUCGGGGCCGGGGGCUUCGGAGGCCAGAUUGGUGGGAGGGGGAGCGGCGGCUUCCCCGUGUGCCCGGCCGGGGGCAUCCAGGCCGUGACCAUCAACCAGAGCCUGUUGGCGCCGCUGAACCUGGAGAUCGACCCCGAGAUCCAGAAGGUGCGGACCGAGGAGCGUGAGCAGAUCAAGACCCUCAACAACAAGUUCGCCUCCUUCAUCGACAAGGUGCGGUUCCUGGAGCAGCAGAACAAAGUGCUGGAGACCAAGUGGAGCCUGCUGCAGCAGCAAGGGACCACCACAACCAGCAAAAACCUGGAGCCGUUCUUCGAAGCUUACAUCAGCACUCUGCGGAAACAGCUGGAUUGUCUGGUCAAUGACAAGGGGCGCUUACAGGCCGAACUGAAGACCAUGCAGGAUGCCGUCGAGGAUUUCAAGAGCAAGUAUGAGGAGGAGAUCAACAAGCGCACGACUGCAGAGAAUGACUUCGUGGUGCUCAAGAAGGAUGUGGAUGCUGCUUACAUGAACAAGGUGGAGCUGGAAUCCAAGGUGGACGGCCUCAAUGAAGAGAUCAGCUUCCUGAGAGCCCUCUAUGAGGCGGAGCUGGCUCAGACCCAGACCACGGUCGCUGACACGUCAGUAGUCGUGUCCAUGGACAACAAUCGCUGCUUGGACCUGGACAGCAUCAUUGCCGAGGUCAAGGCCCAGUAUGAGGAGAUCGCCCAACGCAGCAAGGCCGAGGCUGAGGCCCUCUACCAGACCAAGUUUCAGGAGCUCCAGUUCAGCGCCGGCAAACAUGGCGAUGAUCUGAAGAGCACCAAGAUGGAGAUCUCCGAGCUCAACCGCCUGAUCCAGAGGCUGAGGGCCGAGAUCGAGAAUGUGAAGAAGCAGUGCGAGACCCUGCAGACAUCCGUGGCCGACGCGGAGCAGCGGGGCGAGGCGGCUCUGAAGGACGCCCGGACCAAACUGACCGAGCUGGAGGGCGCCCUGCAGAAGGCCAAGGAGGAGCUGGCCCGGCUGCUGCGUGACUACCAGGAGCUGAUGAACGUCAAGCUGGCGCUGGACAUUGAGAUCGCCACUUACCGGAAGCUGUUGGAGGGCGAGGAGUGCAGGAUGUCUGGAGAGUGUCAGAGCUCGGUCAGCAUAUCGGUGGUCAACGGCAGCUCCAGCUCCAGUGGCGGCUUCGGAGGCGGCUUGGGCGGCUUCGGAGGCCUUUGCAGUGGUGGGAACUUCAGCGGCGGGAGCGGGUUCGGAGGGGGCUGCUCCUCCAAGGUGGUCACCUCCUCCAAAAGCUGGAGGACCUCCAGCCGAUAGGCCCCCAGACCCUUUCCCUCCACCACCUCCCCUUCCCUCCUGCCUCUGGUCCACCCUUCCCAGAGGGACGGGAAGGAUGCCCAGUCUCCCCCCAGCCCCUACUCCUGGGCUCGGAGGGCAGAGACUUUCCUGGUUCCCCCAUCCAUGAUGCCCCCACAUCCCUCGCUUGGGUGGGAAGAAAAUGUUCUCUGUCCCUCUGUGGCCCCUCCCUUCCCCCUCAUCCCGGUUCGUGGGUC